AAGGAAACCUGACUUCUACCCUGUCGAGGCAGAGGAAGACCCCGCCGGGGAGGGGGGGGGAGGGUUCAUUACCCCCGGGCCCAUCCUAUUCCUUCCUUUUUUUCUUCGUUGGAGUCCAUGGAGCACACUGGCAAGGAAGGAAGGAAGGAAGGAACUCAAUUACUCAUAUGAGUACUGUAAUUCCAUUGAUGACGCCAUAUCCCUCAUUCUACAAAAACCCAAUGGGGCUAACCCGGCGGCAGUGGGCGGAUGAAAGGGACAGUCAGAAGGGAAAAAGGAAGGAGGGGCGAAAAAUACCCUCUCGAAAAAAAAAAAAAAUCCAAUGGACUGUGCGGCGCCGCGCCUGGACCCUCGACCAAAAAGCCAAGUCCCGUCAAGAGAGUCGAAUUCGAUCCAGAAGAAGUGGGGCUGGGCCCCCCUCCAUCGCUCCAUCUGGUCCAUCGACCAAUUCACCCACUCCCGCCCGCCUCAUUAUUGUUCCAACCUGGGCUUUGGGCCUUUGAUGGCCGUGGACGGAAAGAGGACUCAAGGAGGUCCACUUUUGCCUAACUAUCUGGUUUGGGGAUUAGAUAAGCAUGGCUUUUUGUUGUUCUAUCUUGUUGUUCUUGGUUUGUUUGGGGGGAGUGUGAUGCGGGGAGACGAUGAUACUCUAAUUUGGGGGUUCAACUUGCUUUGUUCGCGUGAUGAUAGUGGUCCUGUGGUUGUGUUGUGUUAUGUUGUCGGAGGAAGAGGAGAGAAAGAGACAGACAGACAGGCCAGUGAGUCUUUACCAGCGUAGUGGAUCUCACAGCCGCCCACACGAUGGCCACGCAUUAUUGCUGGCCCAGAUUCAUUGAUCA